AUGUUGUGCUCCGUGCAGACGCGUAAGCUGACCAAGUUAGAGCGGCAGAGGUUCAGUGAGGAGGUGGAGAUGCUGAAGGGUCUGCAGCACCCUAACAUUGUUCGCUUCUACGACUCCUGGAAGGACAACUCCAAGGUCCUCAAGUGCAUCCUGCUGGUAACCGAGCUCAUGACCUCAGGCACACUCAAAACGUACCUGAAGAGGUUCAAGGAGAUGAAGCUGAAGCUGCUGCAGCGUUGGAGUCGGCAGAUCCUGAAGGGGCUCCACUUCCUCCAUACCCGCACCCCUCCCAUUAUCCACAGGGACCUCAAGUGUGACAACAUCUUCAUCACCGGCCCCACCGGCUCCGUCAAGAUAGGAGACCUGGGCCUGGCCACACUCAAAAGUGCCUCCUUUGCUAAAAGUGUCAUUGGUACCCCAGAGUUCAUGGCUCCAGAGAUGUACGAGGAGAAGUAUGAUGAAGCUGUGGAUGUCUAUGCCUUUGGGAUGUGUAUCCUGGAGAUGGCCACCUCAGAGUACCCCUACUCCGAGUGUCAGAACGCAGCACAGAUCUACCGCAAAGUCACCAGCGGGAUGAAGCCAGACAGUUUCUACAAAGUCAAGGUCCCAGAGCUCAAAGAGAUCAUCGAAGGAUGUAUCCGGAUGGACAAAGAUGAAAGGUACACCAUCCAGGACCUGCUGGAGCACACAUUCUUCCAGGAGAACAACGGCGUCCAUGUUGAGUUGGCUGAGGAGGACGACACGGUGAAGUCAGGCCUGAAGCUGUGGCUCCGCAUGGACGACACCAAGACACUCCACGGGAAGUACAAGGACAACAACGCCAUUGAGUUCCUGUUUGAACUCUACAAGGAUGUGCCAGAGGAGGUGGCGCAGGAGAUGGUAGUGCUGGGCUUCGUGUGCGAGGCCGACUUCAAGCUUGUGGCCAAGGCCAUUCGAGACCGCGUCAACGUCAUCAAGUGCCAGCGUGACAAACUGCGCCGCCUCGCAGAGAAGAAGAAGCAGGAAGAGGAGGAGGCCAUUGAGGAGGAGCCCAAGCCUGCACUGCAGCCUCCCUACCUGAAAAUCAACAGGUCUCCAUCAAAGCCCCAUCAGAGCCCCAUAGGCGUCCACGCCCCCACCCCGGCCCAGAGCCAGGAUCGCCUCCCCCCGAACCCGCUGACCCCCGCCCUGUCCCCUGUCAACAGCUCUCUGGACUCGGGCAUCAACGCCAGCUUCAUCCAUGAACCUGAGGAACCAGAGGCAGACCAGCACCAGCACUUCCAGGUCCACCACACCAGCUGCUCCUCGGCCAACUCUGACUGCGAGACAGACGACUAUCUCAGCUCCUCUGGCCUCCAGGAUCCCCUGGAGAUAGCGGUCAGCCUCAACUGGUCAACCCUGACCCCUCCCAGCCUGACCCUAAACACUGGGACUGGGACUACCGCCCUCAACAGACACCCUCAGCACCACUCCAUCCCAGCCCUCCGCUUCCCCUCGAGUAUUGCAGUAUUGGGUAAUAUGGAGCACGGCCACUCUGGAGGACACUCUACCAGCGGCUUCAACUCACCUGCGGACAGCUAUGCCUCCGACGUGACCUCGGGUUUGAGUGAUGGCUACGAGGGCCUAUCAGAGAGGAGUGGCAAGACUGCUGCCAGGCGCACGGCUGGCAAGCUGUUCCGGAGGAGAGCCCGUUCAAGACUGCGCAUCACUGGGCUCUCUGACAAAGACGACCGGGUGGUGGAGUGUCAGCUGCAGACUCACAAUGACAAGAUGGUUACCUUCAAGUUCGACCUGGACGGAGACAACCCAGAGGACAUCGCAGUUGUCAUGGUACACAAUGAGUUCAUCCUGCCAUCGGAGAAGGAGGGUUUCAUCCACCGCAUGGGUGACAUCAUCAAGAGGGCGGAGACUCUGAUGAAGGAGCACAUGGUUCACGUGGGCGGCAGCCAUGGAGCGCCAUGCCCACAAUACCACAACAGGGUCAACUCAUUGUCUUCGUCACAGCCUAAUCUUCACAGUCACAUUGUGGAACGGACACACACUGCCUCCUCUCUACCAGACUUCAGCAUUACUGACCCCAGUGUAGGCGUGCAUGGUUCUCCCUUGGGUCCCGCUGAUGGAGGAGACUUCUUCAGCCCAGCAGACGUAACAUUACCUGCAUGGAGACCUCUAUUACGCUCCCAGUCUUUCCACAAUGCCCCAGGUUCUCCUCACUGCCAGCAGCACCACCCAGCCUCCAUGUUCUCCCCAGAGCACCCCCAGCCCCAGCAGCAGCACCCCCACCCCCAACAGCACCACCCAGCCUCCAUGUUCUCCCCAGAGCACCUCCAUCCCCAUCCCAAGCAGCAGCACCCCCAUCCCAAGCAGCACUACCACAUGCCCCCCUUCAUGGGCCACACACACUUCCCUUUCCCUUAUCCAGUGAACCCCGGCUCCCCAAAACCAGCCCAUUCUCCCCUCACACGGGUUGCCAGCAACCCCAUGUUCCCCUCCGUUUACUCCCCAGCCUUCUCCGGGGGCCACCACUCUGAUGCCCCGAGCCCCUCAGAGUACAGCGGGGAGGGGAACCCUCGUCUCCAUCUGCUCACCCCCAGCACCGACAUGUGGCCUUCCCACACACAGCCCCUAUUCUCCCUGGCCAAUGUGAUCUCCAUGGCGAUGAGCAUGGCUCACUCCUUCAUCCCUGCCAACACCCUGGCCAACCAAGGGAUGCCCUCCAUAGCAGGCUUCCACCCCCAGCUUACCCACCCCCAGUCGGGCUACCCAUCCAUCUACUCCCCACACUACCAGACAGCUCCAGUGGAGGUCCCCUACCCUCAGGGUGGGAUGCCUGGUCAAGGAAAACAGCACAGUGUCUACCAGGGCGCAGACACUCCACCACAGAUGCAGAGGGAUGGGUCUGGGUCUGUGUACUCUCAAAACAGACACCCCAGCUGGCAGCAUAACCACAUAUCUCCCUCUAUGAUGGGCUACAACACCCCUCCAAGGAACCCACAGGGGAUGUCACUGCAAACAGUGUCUUCCAAAAGCUUAAGCCAUUUACAGAAUAGUUCCCAGGGAUCCUACAUGGUUCCUCAGGACCAGUCUGAUGUGUCCAGCUCUGCGUCGGGGUCUGACCUGUCCCCCUCGGCACCAGACAGCCCGGAGAGCACAUUAUCAUCGUUCAGCUCAACCACACCGAUGUCCAGACCAAUGGUAGGAGAUGAGAUGAAUGCCAGUGCUCCCAAGCCCAGAGUAUCUCCCAGUUACACAGAUCCUGCACCUGCUGUUGUCACAGUGGGCCGUUUUCAGGUCUCCCCUAGCAUGGAGAUCCCUGUGACUGCUGAACCAGGUGGACAGGGCUCUAACCCCGCCAGGCCCAUGUCAGUGGGCAGCACAACCACCUCCAAGAGCAGCACAGAGGAGCAGGAGCAUUGGGAGUCAGAGACCAGCCUGAACACCUCCCUCACUCUCUCCCCCCCACACCGACACCUCACUAUAGGGGAGGCCCGGGAGGUCCAAGUAGAGUGGGCCGGGACCAAGGAGCAGCAGCAGGAAGAGGAGGAGGAAGAACAGGGGGAAGAAGAUGAGGAGGAAGAAGAUGGGGAAGAAGAUGAGGAGGAGCAGGAGGAAAAGGAAGAGCAGCAGACAGUGAGGAGGAGGAGAAGGAAGAGAAUGUGCAGUCUCAGUCUGAUGGGUAUGUCUGCAGACAUCGACCUGUCCGUUAUAGCGGUGGACUCAGAGGGGCGUGGCCUGUGGGAGGGAGGGGCAGGGAGCCCCACCUACAACUCCGCUCUAAACCACAUGUGGCUGAGCUACAGCCGUAACUUCACAUACCUGAGCAGUGACGACUCAGAGAGUGAGGACAUGUGGGAGGAGCUGCAGGAGAUGAGGGAGAAACACUUGGCAGAGGUGCAGAGUCUCCAGGCCACCCAGAAGAGGGAGAUUGAAGAGCUAUAUGAGAGAAUGGGGAAGGUUCCCCCUGCGGGGAUUGUCUCUCCUGCCGCCAUGCUGUCAAGUCGCCAGCGCCGCCUCUCUAAGGAAAGGAGUUACCUCUCCUCCUCCCGCAGAAACAGUCUGCAGCGCCUGGACAUGCUCCCCCUCCAAGGUAUCAUUAGGAGGAACUCUCUGGGUGGCAGCAGCAGUAGCAGCUCUCUGGAGAAGCCCUCUAAAGGGGUGACUUUUGCAUCUGACGUCAGUAGAAUGUAAGAAUCUUGACCCAUGCUUGCUGUAGAAUAAGUCCGGACUACCUCAUCUGAAGAGUGCAGUGAUCAUGUCCAUCUUGCUGGAGGAAGGAAGUGACAUCACGUCUAAACCCUUUAUCUGGCCCCCCACUGGAGGAGUGAGAAACCUAGGCCCCCCAGAAACCAGGAAGCUCCUCUGCUGAGCUAAUGGUCACAGGGUUAAUUAAAGGUCACAGGUUCAUCAGAGAUCACAGGGUUCAUCAUAGGUCACUGAGCCCUCUGCUAUGAAGGGACAACAGAACCUCUGUCAUCUGCUGUCAGUCACCCCAGAGAGAAGCCCUGUCAGUACAAUGGUCAGUAGGAUGCCACCAGAACAGUGUGAGUAUAAAAUGAGUGUAAAAGGCUCACAACAGUACCAGCCCAGGAAGUGUACCAUCAUUCCUCAUACUAUGCUAUGUUGAACAUGUGUGAUAGUUGUACAUACAGUAGAGCCUUAGUGAUCAGCUUUAAUAAUACUGCCUUGUAGCCACAAAGCAGUAAGGGUUGUUCGACAAUAUUGGGAUCAAGUCCGGGGCAGUUGAUCAAUAUUUUACUGCUUAUCUGACUGUCGCAGACAGUUUCUAUUGGGACUGUUUCAGAUUAUUCACAUUUUUAUUUGCACAUUUGACUGUCUGUUUGCAAUCUGUUGAUGUUGAUGCUGAUUGUAAGCUCACUACUGCCCUCUAGAGUGACUAUGGAAAUCCAGAUAUGUUGUACUUUGCUGGUUAUCCAAUGUGCAAUAGUGAAGCCAUAUUUCUGAUUAAUUCAACAGCAUUAUGAAGGACAACUGUUGUUGACAUGUAGAAGGAUGUGAACAUUGUUUUCUAAUGUUAGGCAGUAUCUUAUAUACAUGAUAGUGAGCAUUUAUCAAUACAAUACUAUAGACCAGUAGUUUUCUAUUGCUGAAUACAACCUAGUGGUAGAACUAUAACACUGAGAUCAUUGCGGUGUCAGUCUUUCCAGGAAGCUAGGCACAAUACAGCUCUAUACACGAGGAAUAUCCAAGACAAACUAACCAGCUACUCCUUUUAAAAAACUAAUCCAGUGAAAGUAUUGCCAAAUCAGCCACGUUGAUAAAAAGUAAAAACUACUUAUGGUUGAUGAUUGUUACGAACCUCUCCUGACUUUUUCACUGAGAUUAUAUUUUCAACAAAAAUAAUCCAACAUACAGACUAAUGGGUCUCACCAUGAUUGUAAAUAUGAAAUAAUGCAUUUAUAAAGUACGUUUACAAAUGAACCAAAGACAUUUUGGCAACCUACAUUUCUUGCACAUACACGGAGUGUAUAAGACAUUAUGAACACCUGCUCUUUCCAUUAGACUGACCAGGUGAAUUCACAAUUUCUUUCCAAAAAAUGUAAUAUAUUUUUUACCUUCUUAUAUAUAAAAAUGUAUUCUGCGGCUAUGGGCAAGACAAAAUAUUAAAGUGCCUUUGAACAGGGUAUGGUAGUAGAUUCUAGGCACACCGGUUUGAGUGUGUCAAGAACUGCAACUCUGCUGGGAUUUUCACACUCAACAGUUUCCUGUGUGUAUCAAGAAUGAUCCACCACCCAAAGGACAUCCAGCCAACUUGACACAACUGUGGGAAGCAUAGGAGUCAACAUGGGGCAGCAUCCCUGUGGAAUGCUUUCAACACCUUGUAGAGUCCACGCCCCGACUAAUUGAAGCUGUUCUGAGGGCAAAGGUGGUGCAACUCAAUAAUAGGAAGGUUUAGGGCUGUCCCCGACAAAAAAUUAAAUCUUGGUCGACCGAGUCCUUUUUUCUUUUGACCUGAGAUGUUAAAACAUGUAUUUUUUCAAAAUGUUAAUGUUAAAACAAGUAUUUUUUCAUACAGACACACCCUAUGUGUUUUAAUAAAAGCAACUAUAUAUACACUGAGCUUAUCUGAUGCUUUAAGUACUUGAUUUAAUUAAACAAUGAAUAUACACAAAUUACUAAAGAGGGAACCAGAGAUCAAUAUAUCCUAACCAGAAGGAAAAAAACUGUUCCGACCCUCCUUCUCCAGCUGCUGCUGGCCUUCGCUGAUUCUUCCGCUAAGCUUCUGAAGUUGCCGGUAAUAGGCUACACCAGGGGCCGGCAACCUUUUAUAUUUGGAGUGUCAAUUUAUCUUAACAUUUCUACCGAUCUGGGUGCCAGUUAUGAUUUUCAUAUGCACAUUUUAGUGGAACAGUUUAAUUUUAUUUAUAAUCGUCUUUGUAUCUCAAAAUAAUUGUCAUGUGGUUAAUCUAAAUUAUAUCUACAUAUGAAUGAAAAUGAUACACAUCUAAAAGUCACUUCUAUUGCAAUUGGCAACUAUGUAAAAAUAGCUAACAUAAUGCCAACAAAUAAAAACAUUGCAGCCUGCAGGUAGAAUCUAUCCUGAUAAAAAUAAACAUCCUUUAAAUCACAUUGGCUACCCAUGGCCUGUCUGCAACGAACUUGAAAAUGUUUUGGGUACAGCCUGAAGCUUGAGCUAGCAAAUUUGCAACAUGGUAUAAAACAUUCUGGGCCCUCAGAGUUCCAGAUUUGCACACUCUCGGCAUUCUCUCAACCAGCUUCACCUGGAAUACUUUUCCAACAGUCUUGAAGGAGUUCCCACAUAUGCUGAGCACUUGUUGGCUGCUUUUCCUUCACUCUGCGGUCCGACUCAUCUCAAACCAUCUCAAUUUGGUUGAGGUCGGGGGAUUGUGGAGGCCAGGUCAUUUGAUGCAGCACUCCAUCACUCUCCUUCUUGGUCAAAUAUCCCUUACACAGCCUGGAGGUGUGUUGGGUCAUUGUCCUGUUGAAAAACAAAAUGAUAGUCCCACUAAGCUCAAACCAGAUGGGAUGGCAUAAUUGCUGCAGAAUGCUGUGGUAGCCAUGUUGGUUAAGUGUGCCUUGAAUUCUAAAUAAAUCACAGACAGUGUCACCAGCAAAGCACCCCCACAACAUAACACCACCUCCUCCUCUAUGCUUUACGGAGGGAAAUACAUAUGCUGAGAUCAUCCGUUCACCCACAUUGCAUCUCACAAAGACACAGCGGUUGGAACCAAAAAUCUCCAAUUUGGACUCCAGACCAAAGGACACAUUUCCACCAGUCUAAUGUCCAUUGCCCAUGUUUCUUGGCCCAAGCAAGUCUUUUCUUAUUAUUGGUGUCCUUUAGUAGUGGUUUCUUUGCAGCAAUUUGACCAUGAAGGCCUGAUUCAGUCUACUCUGAACAGUUGAUGUUAAGAUGUGUCUGUUACUUGAACUCUGAAGCAUUUAUUUGGGCUGCAAUUUCUGAAGCUGGUAACUCGAAUGAACUUAUCCUCUGCAGCAGAGGUAAACUCUUGGUCUUCCUUUUCUUGUGGCGGUCCUUAUGAGAGCCAUUUUCAUCAUAGCGCUUGGUGUUUUUUUGCGAUUGCACUUGAGGAAACUUUCAAAGUUCUUGAAAUGUUCUGUAUUGACUGACCUUCAUGUCUACAAGUAAUGAUGGACUGUCAUUUCUCUUUGCUUAUUUGAGCUGUUCUUGCCAUAAUAUGGACUUGGUCUUUUACCAAAUAGGACUAUCUUCUGUAUACCCCGCCUACCUUGUCACAACACAACUGAUUGGCUCAAACGCAUUAAGGAAAGAAAUUCCACAAAUGAACUUUUAACAAGGCACACCUGUUUUAACAAGGCACACCUGUUCAUUUAAACGCAUGAUGAUUAGGUGAUUACCCAAGUGAUUACCUCAUGAAGCUGGUUGAGAGAACGCUAAGAGUGUGCAAAGUUGUCAUCAAGGCUAAGGGUGGCUAUUUGAAGAAUCCCAAAUAUAAAAUAUAUUUUGAUUUGUUUAACAUUUUUUUGGUUACUACAUGAUUCCAUGUGUUAUUUCAUAGUUUUGAUGUCUUCACUAUUAUUCUACAAUGUAGAAAAUAGUAAAAAGAAUAACCCUUGAAUGAGUAGGUGUUCUAAAACUUUUUACCGGUAUUGUAUGUAACAGGGAAUUGAUCACAGAUACAAACAAUCAAAGGGCAAACAGUUGACACAAUGAAGUUAUGAAACAAUGAGAGAUGUGCCUUCUGCAUCUUAGCCACACGCUCCUUUGACCACGGCCUCCUCAGUGAAUUAGUCCACUGAGACAUGCGCAAAUCAGACAUUUUUUUAAUUAUCUUGGCCGACCAACAGCCUAUGGACCAAACAAUCGACCAGUAGACUAAAUGGGCUCAGUCCUCAAGGUGUUCCUAAUGUACACAACAUUGAACAAUGAUAAAACAUUUCUGCAAUGUGUAAUAAACAAGGCACCCUCUGCACUUUAGUAACUUCUACUUUAGUAGUCACUAAUUUCACACUUUUUGGUAAAUGAAGUAGCUUAUUUAUAUGCACAGGUAGGGAGGCGAGAGAAUGACUGCAUAACAAAUGGAUCGAACUGUAAGCCCUUAGCCAUUGCCUUAAAUACGCACACUGAAUUCUAUUUUUAUUUUAUUUAACUAGGCAAGUCAGUUAAGAACAAAUUCUUAUAUACAAUGACGACCUACCCCGGCCAAACCCUAACGACACUGGGCCAAUUGUGUGCCACCCCAUGGGACUCCCAAUCACGGCCGGUUGUGAUACAGUCUGGAAUCGAACCAGGUUCUGUAGUGACACCUCUAGCCCAGAUGCACUGCCUUAGACCGCUGCGCCACUCAGGAUAAUACUCACCUAAGAUUUCCACAAAUGUAUAUAUUUAAAGAAAAUGUGAUUACAAUGCUAAUAUUUUAAUAUAUGUGUAUGAUUGUAUCGCUUUGAUAUGCAACGCUGCUGUCCUGCCAUGCUCAAAUCUGUGCCUUCCCCUUGCAAUGUCUUGUUUAAUAUUUUUACUCUGUAGGUUUGGUGGCUACAGCAUACUCUGUAAAUCAUAUUUUGACAUAAUAAAUAGUUGGAAUUAUGAUAGCGUUCCUCUCUGCUUCCGUACUAUUGUGGCAAUAUUAGUGUACAGUUGAAGUCGGAGUUUACAUACACUAAGGUUGGAGUCAUUAAAACUCAUUGUUCAACCACUCUACAUAUUUUUUGUUAACAAACUAUAGUUUUGGCAAGUGGGCUAGGACAUCUACUUUGUGCAUAACACAAGUAAUUUUUCCAACAAUUGUUUACAAACAGAUUAUUUCACUUUUAAUUCACUGUAUCACAAAUCCAGUGGGUCAGAAGUUUACAUACACUAAGUUGACUGUGUUUUUUAACAGCUUGGAAAAUUCCAGAAAAUUAUGUCAUGGCUUUAGAAGCUUCUGAUAGGCUAAUUGACAUAAUUUGAGUCAAUUGGAGGUGUACAUGUGGAUGUAUUUCAAGGCCUACCUUCCAACUCAGUGCCUCUUUGCUUGACAUCAUGAGAAAAUCAAAAGAAAUCAGCCAAGAACCCAGAAAAAAAUUGUGGCCCUCCACAAGUCUGGUUCAUCAUUGGGAGCAAUUUCCAAGCACCUGAAGGUACCAUCUUCAUCUGUGCAAACAAUAGUAUGCAAGUAUAAACACCAUGGGACCACGCAGCCGUCAUACCGCUCAGGAAGGAGACGCGUUCUGUCUCCUAGAGAUGAACGUACUUUGGUGCGAAAAGUGCAAAUCAAUCCCAGAACAACAGCAAAGGACCUUGUGAAGAUACUGGACGAAACAGGUACAAAAGUAUCAACAUCCACUGUAAAACAAGUCCUAUAUAGACAUAACCUGAAAGGCUGCUCAGCAAGAAAGAAGCCACUGCUCCAAAACUGCCAUAAAAAAAGCCAGACAACUGCACAAGGGGACAAAGAUUUUACUUUUUGGAGAAAUGUCCUCUGGUCUGAUGAAACAAAAAUAGAACUGUUUGGCCAUAAUGACCAUCGUUAUGUUUGGAGGAAAAAGGGGGAGGCUUGCAAGCCGAAGAACACCAUCCCAACCGUGAAGCACGGGGGUGGCAGCAUCAUGUUGUGGGGGUGCUUUGCUGCAGGGGGGACUGGUGCACUUCACAAAAUAGAUGGCAUCAUGAGGGAGGAACAUUAUGUGGCUAUAUUGAAGCAACACCUCAGUCAGGAAGUUAAAGUGUGGUCGCAAAUGGGUCUUCCAAAUGGACAAUGACCCCAAGCAUACUUCCAAAGUUGUGGCAAAAUAGCUUAAGGACAACAAAGUCAAGGUAUUGGAGUGUCCAUCACAAAGCCCUGACCUCAAUCCUAUAGAACAUUUGUGGGCAGAACUGAAAGUGCGCGAGCAAGGAGGCCUAUAAACCUGACUCAGUUACACCAGCUGUCAGGAGAAAUGGGCCAAAAUUUACCCAACUUAUUCUGGGAAACUUGUGGAAGGCUACCCGAAACGUUUGACCCAAGUUAAACAAUUUAAAGGCAAUGCUACCAAAUACUAAUUGAGUAAAUGUAAACUUCUGACCCACUGGGAAUGUGAUGAAAUAAAUAAAAGCUGAAAUAAAUAAUUAUCUUUACUAUUAUUCUGACAUUUCACAUUCAUAAAAUAAAGUGGUGAUCCUAACUGACCUAAGAUAGGGCAUUUUUACUAGGAUUAAAUGUCAGGAAUUGUUCAAUACUGAGUUUAAAUGUAUUUGGCUAAGGUACAUGUAAACUUCUGA